GCGUUAAUCGCCGUCAUACGAGACCCGCGUAGACACGAGUUCCUCUCUGUUCCCUUUGUACAUCUUGCACUGCAGUCCUCUGCUGUCUGAGCGACCAUGUUCAUCAUCAACUGGUUCUGGGACGUCCUUGCGCAGCUUGGUCUGCUGCACAAGAAUGCGAAGAUUCUUUUCCUCGGGCUGGAUAACGCAGGAAAGACAACCCUGUUGCACAUGCUCAAAAACGACAGGCUAGCCACCCUGCAGCCGACGCUACACCCUACAUCUGAGGAGCUUGCUAUUGGAAACGUGAAGUUCACUACCUACGACUUGGGUGGACAUCAGCAGGCCCGUCGCCUAUGGCGUGACUACUUCCCCGAGGUCGACGGUAUUGUCUUCCUUGUAGACGCUGCUGACUUUGAGCGGUUCCCUGAAUCCAAAGCCGAAUUGGACGCGCUCCUCUCAAUCGAGGAACUCUCCAAGGUGCCUUUCCUCAUCUUCGGCAACAAGAUUGAUGCCCCCGGUGCUGUCAGCGAGGAGGAGCUGAGACACCAUUUGGGCCUGUAUCAAACAACUGGCAAGGGUAAGGUGCCAUUGACGGACAUCCGUCCUAUUGAGCUCUUCAUGUGCUCGGUUGUGCAGAGACAGGGUUAUGGAGAGGGUUUCCGCUGGUUGUCGCAAUACAUCUAAGCCUGUAUGCCACAUGGUCAAGUAGAAGUCCCGUUGAGCUUCUAGUUCAGCUUCUUUGCGGACUGUUGUUCCUGCUCGGUUUCAUUAGCUAGUAUAGUCGUCAUGUUCCCGUUCUCCCUGUAAUCUACCUUGCUAUUAUUGUUUGGACUCGUGCAUUAGCCAGUAGCCAUCUCCAC